AUGAUUGAAAGAGGACAAACAGUUUACACAAACUUCUAUUAGAUCCAGAUCAACCCAAACAGCCACAUUUACAGAUAUCAAGUAAGAUAUGCAUCUCUAUUCUUUCUCAGCUUUCAUUUCAACCAUUCUUAUCUCCAGAACAAUAGAUAUCGAAGUGGAGAGACAUUUUCAAGAUUGCUAAGUCAGGUCUUCAAGAGAACCUGAAGGUUUUCAUAACCAACAAUUAAAUCCUCUAUUCCCCUGUGAGAGCUCAGACCAUGGGACUACUACUUGGAGUAUACGAAGAGGAAGGAACCAGUCAUUCGAUUUCGAUUGAAGAGAAGGCUGUUCUCAAGCCUGGAGAACCUGAGUACACUGGGUUGAUCGGAAGAUUCUUUAAGAUGUUAUUAAAACAGUAGAAACUGUUACAGAUAGGUAGAAAGUACUUUAAUACUAAAAAUUUAAUUAAUUUUGAUUAAUUUGGAUUGAAAGUAUAUUUUAAUUAUUAAUCAUCAGGUUCUACCAGGAGUGACAUGCAGUUUGAUAAAGUAGGAAGAACAAGGGAAAUAUUACAUCAACAUAGACUCUUCAUUUAAGAUGUUGAGGAGUACCACUAUGUAUGAGGAGUUGAGGAAUUCGAGAGACUUCUCAUAAUUGGAAGGGGCCAUCGUGAUGACGGUCUACAAUUACAAAUUCUAUAAAGUGAAUAAAGUAAGUAGGGAGAUGAAUCCAAAGAGUGAAUUUGAAAAUUUGAAAGGCGAAAAGAUGAGUUACAUGCAAUACUACUAAGAUAAGUAAGAAUAGAAUAAUAACACAUAACAGAUACAAGAUUGCCAUCAAGGAUGUUACCUAACCAUUGAUUGAAGUCUUAGAGAAAUCAAGGAAGAAACAAGAAGAGAAGAUCAUCUACCUAAUACCAGAAUUGUGUGUCAUGACUGGAUUGUCAAAUGAAAUGAGGAACAACUUCUAAACUAUGAAAUAGCUAUCCACAGUUACUAAACCCAGAGGAGUAGACAGAGUGAGACAGGCAGAUCAAUUUAUAUAGUGUUUCCACAAUAAGGAGAGUGAAGAAUUAAUAAAGAAAUGGAAUAUUCAAUUGGAACCUAAGUGUUUGUAGAUUCAGAGUUCUAAAAUCAAACCAGGCAACAUUAUGAUGGGCAAUAAUACAGCCAUCAAUAUAGAAACAGGUAAUUUAGAUAGAGAUACUCAGACUGCCAUGUUGAGAGGAGUGGGUCUGGAGAAUUGGGGAAUCCUGUACAGUGAUAGAGACAGUAGAUAAGCUGAAGAUUUCAUGAGUUGUUUGAGAGAGAGCAUAGAAUAUUGUAAGUUUUAAUGCAAGGCUCCUCGUACUUUUGUGCUUCAUUCAAAUAGAAUUGAAGAUUGGAUUAAGUAAGUCGAUUAAAUUGUUUAACAAUCAUAAGGACCUUAAAAGGUGACCUUGCUCCUAUUGAUAUUGAAUGGUCCAAAGAAGAAUGCUCCACUCUAUACAGACAUCAAAAGAUAUUUGAUUAAUGAUUGUCCAAUAGCCUCCUAGGUUAUCUUGAGUUCCACUUUAAAUCAACCCAAAGGCAAAGUGAAGACUAUUUGCAAUAAGUUAUUGGUUCAAAUUUGUGCUAAAGUGGGAGGAACACCUUGGGGAGUCUCAGAAUUACCAUUUACUGAUCAACCAACCAUGAUAUGUGGUAUGGAUGUGUAUCAUUCGACUGGCAAAGCUAAGAAGUCUAUGUUGUCAUUUGUAUCUACAGAAGAUGAAUUCUUUAGCAAAUACAUGACCUAAUCAAUUGAAAUGGAAACUGGAGUAGAAUUCUCAUUCAGUUUGUGUCCAGUCUUAGUCAAAUCCCUGCAAUCCUUCUGUGGAGACAGGAAUGGUCCUUUGCCAUCCAGAAUCAUUAUAUUUAGAGACGGUGUUUCUAAUUCCUAAGCUAAAACUGUUAUUGAAACAGAAGUAGCCUAAUUCAGACAAGCCAUAGAGCAAGUCAAAACAGAAAAGAAUUCUGACAAACCAAUCAAAUUGAUAGUAUUAUCAGUCAACAAAAAAGUAGGGGCUAAAUUUUAUGCUGGAGAAAGGUUAAUUAUUAUCAUUAUUAUUCCCUUAGGAACUUGGACAAUCCUCCUUAGGGUACUUUGAUAGACACAGAGAUUAGCAAUGGAAAGGACGAUUAUUAUUUGAUUUCACAAAGAACAACCUAAGGAACAGUGUAGCCCACUCAUUAUCAUGUCUUAGUGAAUGACUUGUGCGAUGAACCUAAUAUCCUGAAGAAAUUGUAGGCCUUGUCUUAUAAGUUGUGCUACAUGUAUUACAAUUUCAGUGGAGCCAUCAAAGUAAUUGUUAUCGUUUUAGUAGAUACCUGCACCGAUCCAAUAUGCCCAUGUUUGCUCUAAUUUUAUAGGAGAUAGAUUCGAUCCCAGGAAACCACAAUCCUUGAUCAAGCCAAAUCCCAUAUUGAAUCAGAGAAGAUCGCUCUUCUUCAUAUGA